CAGAAACAACCGAAGAAGAAGAAGAAGACUCCGGUUAGCAUGUAGCUCUGUUUGGUUCAGCGGUUAAUCUAAACCUGCUGAGACUUUAACUUUAGUUUAACAUUUUAGUCUCCUACAUGUUCAUAUUCACUCUAAAGCAGACACUUGUGUUAAAAGCAGCGCAGUUAUCUGUUUUUAAACCCUCGUAGACUCUGUUCUCUGAUGAUGGAGGGUCCGUCCUCUCGAGUCCUCUCCACCCCGGACAGACCGCCGUGUCCCCCGGGCAGGAGAGACUCCGGCGGGGCCGCAGAGAGUGAGUCUGCCCGGGACAUAAAGACACACUUCCGAGUGUGUCGCUUCAUCAUGGAGACAGGUGUGAAGCUGUGUAUGCGCUCUGUUCCCGUGGCCACAGCGUGCGUGUUGUAUCACCGUUUCUUUGAACGAGCGGGCCUGCGGGAUUAUGAACCGUACCUGGUGGCCAUGAGCUGCCUGUACCUGGCCGGAAAGGUGGAGGAGCAGCACAUCAGGACCCGUGACAUCAUCAACGUGAGCCACAGGUAUUUUAACAGCAGUAGCUCUCCGCUCGAAUGUGACAAGGAGUUCUGGGACCUGAGGGACAGCGUGGUGCAGUGUGAGCUCCUCAUCCUCCGACAGCUCAACUUCCACGUCUGCUUUGAACACCCGCACAAGUACCUGCUGCACUACCUGCUCUCUGUGAAGUCGCUUGUGAACCGCCACGCUUGGUCUCGGACCCCCGUCGCUGAGACUUCCUGGGCGUUGCUUAGAGACUGUUACCACGGAGGCAUGUGCAUCCGCCACAUACCCCAACACAUCGCCAUAGCGACGCUGUACCUCGCUCUAAACAGCUACGGAGUGGAGCUUCCUGUCGGGGAGAGAGAGUGGUGGCAGGUGCUGUGCGAGGACGUGACAAAAGCCGACAUCGACGCUGUGAUCUCAGACCUUCUGCAGCUCUACGACAUGGAGGCCAAGUGUAUCUGAAGGACACACACACACACACACACACGACACAAAGGACAGCUGUUUUUCCCCGUGUGUGUGUGUGUGUGUGUUUCUGCAUGUGAGUGUGACGAUCCAGGUGUGUGUGUGUGCAGAGAGAAGACUUUGUGUUGGCCCAGUUAUUCUGUGAGCUGUGACACACACUCUGCUGCACUCCUGGUUCCUGCCACCCCGGGGAGACAUUUCUCUGUGCUGAAUACUGAUGAGCUCCGAACAGCAGCAGCAGGUUUCAGGUACAUGUGCACGCACGCUGGAGGAAAAUCAUCAAGUGUUCAAACCCCGAACCGAUCAGAAAUCCCAACAAAUGUGUAGAAAUGAAGAGAUGGGGCCCUCAUUUGGAUUAUUCUUGACCUCAUCCUCAAACGUUUACACUUUGGGCUGAUGUAAAACAAUAAGAGGUUUAGUUAAGCACCAAUCUGCUCGACUAGCGUACAGGUGGCUAGCAGGAUUACAAACUCCACCUGGUGGACACAGACGGUACUGAAAGAGCUUCAGAGCUGAAAGUAACUGACCGAUGAUGAACACGCUGGAGAUCAUCUCACAGGAAGACUCACAGGAUCUACUUUGUAAUCAUUUGUACUUAUUUGACUUUGUUGUUAAUAAACUCCACGAUCUGUA